AUGGACAUUUUAAAGAAAAUUGUAGGCGGUUACAAAAAUAAGACAAAUCGCAGCGUUUCGGUGGAUAAUGAUUCGCCAUUAUCUGCAACUGCAAGAAGCGAAUCGACAGUCCCUAAACCCGUGUGUUAUGGUUGUGGUACUCCGGGUGCCGUUAGGCCAAAAUGUAUGACAUGCCAAAACAAAAAUGCUCCAUCAACCUCAUCUAGUAAUAGUUUAGCACGAAAAAUGACAGACAAAAGUUUACUGGAUAAUUUCGAUUCCAACGAUGAAGAAGUUGAUGAAACCUUUGAUAAUAAUUCACAAUCACAAUCGAAUUGGGUCCCUGUUAUCGAAAAGAAAAAAAACACACAUUCAAAAAAACGACAAGUUAAACCUAAAGUGAGUAUGGAAUGGACAGACGACGACGUUUUUAAAUUAAUUGCAUGCGUCGAAUCAGUGCCAAUGCUAUGGUAUGCAAAGGAUAGGAAAUAUCGCAACAAAGUGGAGCGAGUAGCGGCAUGGCAACAUAUGUCAGAGGUCGACUUCAAUUCUAAGUUUACCGACACCUAUCUCAUCGCGAAAUGGUCCAACAUCAGAAUUCAGUAUCGAAGUUAUUUCGCUAAGUCUCGAAAAACCAAAUCCGGCCAAGACGCACAAGAAGAAGUAAAAUGGAAAUUCUACCAAGUAAUGAACUUUGUUGGCCGUGCUGAAGAAGAGCAAACUACUGACACCAUCUCAAAUUUGGCGACAGAGGAUGAAAUAUUGACUGACUCUACGAUUGACAGAAGCUCGACCCCAAAAUAUACGAAACGUAGACGAAUGUCGCAAUCGUCUUCGAUAACUGCAUCUUCCACAUCAUCAGCAACUAUUGUCGCAGAAGGGAUGAAAGAGGCCGUCAAUCAGUUGAAACAGCACCGGCAAAAGAGUGCAGAAGAUGAAUUUGAAGCAUUCGGGAAAUACGUAGCCACUGAGCUUCGUUCUCUUCCUAACCCGAAUUCUGCACAGCGAGUUCGAUUCAAAGUGGCACGUUGUUUAAUGGACAGCAUUGAAGCCGAAAAUCAGUUAAUUGCAAAUGUGACCUCACACAUAUUUGUUCUCAAUGAGAACACAACGAUGUUAACUACACUUCAGCAACAACCAAAUCAGUAA